AUGGGAGCGCCGAGGGGCGGGUCUCGCGAGAAGCGGGACAGCCGCGGCGACCAAUGGGAGUUCCUGGAGGGCGGGCCGCGCUCCCGCUACUGCGCGCCCGCCGCGCUGACCGCGUUGGCUCUCGUGGGCCUGGGCGUGGGCGCCGUCAAGGCCAACGUCACGCCCUUCGGCGCCGACCAGGUUAAAGACCGAGGUCCAGAAGCCACGAGAAGAUUUUUUAACUGGUUUUAUUGGAGCAUUAACCUGGGAGCAAUCAUUUCGCUGGGGGGCAUCGCCUACAUCCAGCAGAACGUGGGCUUUGUGGCCGGCUACCUCAUCCCCGCGGUCUGCAUCGGGGUGGCCUUCCUGGUCUUCCUCUGCGGCCAGAGCGUCUUCAUCACCAAGCCGCCCGAUGGCAGCGCCUUCACACAGGUGUUCAGGAUUCUGGUGUACUCCUGCCGGCCCCAGCAGCGGCCCGGGGAGCGCGGUCCGAGGGGCGAAGGCGUUGGAGCCCUUCCGCACCCUUCUAAACACAGUCUGUUUGAUUCAUGUAAGAGGUCUCGCGGAGGGCCGUUUACGGAAGACACGGUGGACGACGUGAAGGCCCUUGUGAAGAUCAUCCCCGUCUUCUUGGCCUUGAUUCCCUACUGGACCGUGUACUUCCAAAUGCAGACCACGUACGUUCUGCAGAGUCUUCACUUGAAGAUUCCGGCCAUUUCCAGCAUCACCGCCACGCCUCACACGUUCCCGGCGGCCUGGCUGACCAUGUUCGACGCGGUUCUCAUCCUGCUCCUGAUCCCCUUGAAGGAUAAGCUGGUGGACCCCGUGCUGCGGCGGCACGGCCUGCUCCCGUCCUCCCUGAAGAGGAUCGCCGUGGGGAUGUUCUUCGUCAUGUGCUCCGCCUUCGCCGCAGGGAUUUUGGAAAGCAAAAGGCUGGACCUUGUGAAAGAGAAAACCAUUAAUCAGACCAUCGGAAAAGUCGUUUACUACGCUGCCGACCUGCCCAUAUGGUGGCAGGUCCCCCAGUACGUGCUCAUCGGCGUCAGUGAGAUCUUCGCCAGCAUCGCAGGUCUGGAGUUCGCCUACUCGGCGGCCCCCAAGUCCAUGCAGAGCGCCAUAAUGGGCCUUUUCUUCUUCUUCUCCGGCGUCGGCUCGUUCGUGGGCUCCGGCCUCCUGGAGCUGGUGUCCCUCAAAGCCAUCGGCUGGAUGAGCAACCACACCGACUUCGGGAACAUUAACGGCUGUCACCUGAACUACUACUUCUUCCUCCUGGCCGCCAUCCAGGGGGCCACCCUCCUGCUCUUCCUCAUCGUGUCCGUGAGGUACGACCGCCAGCGGUCCCGGGCCAGCGGAGCGCCCGCCGCCAGGAGGACCUGACGUCCCGAGGACGGACGGCGGCCGCGCACCGGCCGGCAGGGCUUGCGGUGGCCGCGCAGGGGGGGCCCCGAUUCGUGCACGGCCCCGCCCUCCUCCCAGAUGAGCUGGGUAAGUGCCUUUCUGCGGGCCCCCUCCGGUCCACGGGGCCUCCUCAAGGUCUCCCUGAGCCCCGCGGACGGGGACCCGCGGCGGCGCCUCCGAGGGCCCGGUGGCCGCGCGCCUGUCUCACCCGCAUCCUGGCGCUCGAAGCGGACGCUCCCGUUUCCUUCGCACAGACGGUCAUCUCUCUCUCUGUUUCCCUUCUGGUUAACAAGCGCCUGCUCAUCUUGAGGAAAACGGGAGGGCCUCGCGGGAGACAAAGGGCCCGACCUGCGGGCUGUGUGUCCAGCCGCGCUGCGGCCCCUCCCCCACGCCGCCCGUCUUGCCAGUGCCGGCUCUUCGGUCGUGAGGGUGUUUUAUCUGCGGCUUCAGAAACUCACUUUCUAAACCAUUGACGACUUGUUUUCUGACGAGAGAAGGUGCGUCGGGAAAUCCUAAGAGCGUGUCCCGCCUCGGGCCUCCAGACGCCCUGCAGGGUGUCCUGCUCCGUGUCCCGUCUGGCCUGCUGUGCGGUCGUCCUGGGCCCUGCGGAAGGUGACGGCGCAUAGGGAGACCGCCAUCUGGACAGAGCGAGCGCAACUCGGGCCCCCGGCCGCCGGCAGUGUUAAGUGUUCCGUGUGCACUUGGACCGUCUGGGGUCUGUGUUGUUAUUUCAUGUGGAUGUGGGGCUCUAAUUUUGUUAAAUAAACUCCUGUCUAUUUGUUGCUGCA